CGUCUGGUGAAUCAGACACAGCGUACGAGCAGGGUCAGCAGCAGGGCAAUAUCCCAACCAUCAACCGUAUCCGACGGGCGAGAAUUUAAAUUUUGGGAGACGGGACGGCGAGACUGCCGUUUUUUUUUCUUUCGUUCGGCAAUACAAAAGAGGACCUCAGAACCGGCAACAACGACUUGCAGAGGCAUCUGUGCCGCCGUCCUGCCAACCGGCUGUGGCUGGACUUGACCGACACGCCCGGCAUCGACCGACUCGGAGCCCUUGAGGUGAGCUGAGCACAAACACACGGAGCUGGGUGAGAUGUCCUUCAUUUCUUGCGCGUCGGGUGGGGUGGAUGGUUCAGGGCGAGAGAAGAUGGCGACGACGACAAAACAGGCCGGCGACCCAAAUGCGCAUUUGCCGCCCUCCUGCCCAGCGAGCCGCCACCUCUGCCAUACCUGAGGGAUCCCGGAGUUCUGCGGCGACCUGGGCAUUGCAUGCGGCAUCAAGCCGACCAUCCAAGUACGGACACAAGCACACAACGCACGGAGUUCAGGGUCAAUUGCUUUGUUUUCCUUUGUCUCAGGCUGACCGGUCGCCGCCGACAUUGCCCUCACGUGUUGAGGUGAGUGAGAAUCAGAGCUUCCGUGUGCUUUGUGUGCGCACGUGUGGCGCGUGUGUUUGUGUCGUGUUUUUGUGCAGACACACGAGAACUUAUCCAGAAGCAGAAACAGCGGGAGGGAUCGGUCUGAGUUCGAGAAGGAGCGAGAUUUUUUUUCGUCGACAAGGGCUUCACGCGAGCCGAAAUGUUUUCAAUUUUCGCCUUCCGACUGAAAAUACCUUGAGUACGUGACCAAGACGAUGAUGCGCAUCGUUCGUCCUUCAACGCUGCUGGGCCGCAGAUGCGGACAACAGCAUCCGGCAACGUGUAGGCCACCCGCCCGGGACGCACACAGAUCAGGUACACGGCGAUUUUGUCUUCCUGUCUUUGCUCAUCAGUCUGUCGGAUGUUCUCAUCCGCAACGUCGGCUACAGAGACCGCCAAGGCGGCCACACGAGUUGGCAUCCGGGGUCGCCUCCUGUGGGGAUCGGUGCUGGUCGGCGGCACCACCGUGGGGUUGAGGUGAGGGACAGAGAGAGAGAGAGAGAGAGAGAUGUGCACACACGCACGGGGAACCACACGAGCACGCGACGGAUCUGGCGUGUGUGUGUGCAGUGCUGGGAAGGGCUCUUCAUCCAAGUUGGCAUCAGAGGCCCUGAUGAGAAGCGGUCAGAAGCCGGCACGCGUCUGCAGACUGUCCAUCGCCGCUAACAUUUUAUAUUCGCUCGGCGUAUUUCCCCCUUCGCCGCUUCGCAUCGAUAUCAGGUGCUAGCUUCCAGAGGACGCCGCCUAGCAUCCGGGGAAGGACGGGUGAGUUCGGGCAGGCCGACAGACGAGAAAGACAGUUAUGCUUGCAGCCGUCUCAUUCUUGCCUCUUUUCUUAUUCACUGUCGUGUCUCUGUGUGUCUCUUCUCUCAUUUCAGUCGCCUGACUGCAUCGCCGCCUACAUUUUAUAUGUCGACGGCAAGUGAUCACAAUCACAACCGCACCACACAGUGCCCUGACGCCCAGCGAAGGAACAGUCGCACUUCUCACGAGGUGCAUAGGAUGCACAGAUGUACGUGACCAAGGCGAGAAUGCGCAUCUCGCGUCGGCCAAUCACGCUGUUGGCCCGCGGCCGCGCGCCUCAACAUGGUCCAACGGGUAGGCCACCCGCCCGACGCACACAGGUCUGGUACAAGGCGAUUGUGUCUUCCUGUCUAUGCUCAUCAGUUUCUCGGAUGUUCUCGACCGCCCCGUCCAUGAAGGAGACCGCUAGGGCGGCCGCAAGAAGGUGAGGGACAGAGAGAGAGACAGAGAGAGAGACAGAGAGAGAGACAGAGAGAGAGACAGAGAGAGAGAUAGAGAGAGAGAGAGAGAGAUGUGACACACACACACGGGGAACCACACGAGCACGCCAUGGAUCUGAUGUGUGUGUGUGCAGUCCUGGAAUUCGGGGUCGCCUCCUGUGGGGAUCGGUGCUGGUCGGCGGCACCACCGUGGGGUUGAGGUGAGGGACAGAGAGAGAGAGAGAGAUAUGUGCGCACACACACGGGGAACCACACGAGCACACGAUGGAUCUGGCGUGUGUGUGUGCAGUGGCGGGACGGGGUCUGCAUUUAAGUUGACCCAAGAGGCGCUGAUCAAAAGCGGUCAGAAGACGGCUGGUCAGAAGCUCGGCCCACUGCAGUCGCCAGGUGGGAGCAAAACAACCGCCAACCCUCACAUCCAUCCAUCCAUCCACUCACACCGUACCCUGUGUGUUCAUGUGUAUGUCUGCAGGGGUGGCGCGAGUGUGCGGCUUUGACUACAAUGUCGACCUCUCGUGCAAGGUGAGCACAGAUGAUAGAUGGCCCAGGUGGCAUGCUGCCCUUGUGGAUUACAUAACGUCCUCAUGUCUCCGCUUGCCCUCAGAUAUCGCUGCCUUCAUUUUAUAUUCGAUGGGCUGAUGACAAGCCUUCAACCGCACUGAUUUGUCCCGCCGCGUGCACAUCGAAGGUGAGCUGUCAAACAGACUUAUCAACUCGCGUGGGCCGCCCAGCAACUUGCCGACAAAGCAGGCUACACACUCACACAGAGCUCUGACACCCUGACUGCGGUGGCUCACUCUUUUGUGUGUGUGUGUGUGUGUGUGAUGCGCAUGUGCGUGGUUUCAAGGAGGUCAGUAUGGCUGCAUCACAUCACACACACACACAGACAUCAACACACGGUCCAUCUGUCUGUGUGUGUGCCGUCUGCUGCCUAGGCCGGGCACCUUCGUUGGCUUGGUGAUGAACUACUUGUCCUUCCCCGGCUCGAGCACGCCGGACACCUGCGCCACGCGCUUCAUGGGCUGGUCAGACACACACACACAUGCGCACAGAGCCACACACACAUGGAUGGUUGUGUGUGUCGUUCUCGUAGGAACCAGGUGUAUCGUGUGCUGAUGUGUGUGGUCGGGUCGGCACCUUCCUGCUGGUCGCCGCGGUCGCACUCAUCCGCGUCGACGUACAGAGAGAGGGAGAGGCAGGCAGAGGUGAGCGGCCGGUACAUACCUGUAGUCGAUCCUCGCCGCACACCUGCAUUGAGCUGCUCAGCCGCACACACCACAUGGAUGGAUGGAUGGAUGGUGAGGGCAGGGGCGGGAGGGUGAGAGGGCGGAAGGACGGACUGACUGACCGGUGGGGUGUUUUUCUUUCAAUGUGAAUGUGCACACUACCCAUGGCAUGGCUGUGUGUCCCACACACCGACCCCCGGCCAUCCAUCGUGUCGCCCCAUGUGCACUGCAGCACACCCAUCAUCACAUAACUGAUUUCAGCAUGUCAAGUACAG